AUGAUAUUCAGGCCAGCCGACGACCCUCUCGCUCACGUGGUGGCUUUGGCCACUCGAGCACUCGACAGCGGACCUGCAGAUAAAACUCCCGAGGAAUGGGCGACAGAAGGUCGAUACAACUAUGCGCCAUCUUUCGCUGCAGCAGUCGUUUUCAUCGCUUUGUAUGGCAUUGCACUGGCGAUCAACUUGUUCCAGAUGUUUCGACAUCGAGCUUGGUUCUGGUGGGUGAUGAACUUCGCUAUCAUCCUUGAAUUCGUCGGAUAUCUCUCUCGCGCCAUCUCGAUCAAGAAUCUCGACGAAAGAGGCCCUUUCAUUGUCCAAACCGUUCUCAUCCUCGUGGCACCAGCAGUCAUGGCGGCCGCCUGCUACAUGGCGUUCGGCCGCGUCGUUCUGUGGGUUGUACCCGUCCGAUUCCAGUCCGCACGACACCUCUGGGUUCCCGCCCGUCGCCUUACACCCGUCUUCGUGGGCUUCGACGUGCUCAGUUUCGUCGUGCAAACCAUCGGUGGUGCUAUGAUCGCAGGGUCCAACGACCAAGAAAACAUCGAACGUGGAAGAGACGUGGUGCUGGCCGGGUUGGGUCUACAACUCUUCACUUUUGGCUUUUUCGUCAUCGCCAGCUUCCGACUUUUCGUCAUGUUGCGCACGACGCUGCGUGACGUGGCCCUGACCAAGGAGCGCAACUGGCAACUUUUCCUGAUGGUCAUCAAUGUCGCCAACGUCUUUAUCCUCAUUCGAACGAUCCUGCGUCUGAUCGAAUACUCGCUGGGCACCAGCAACUACUUACUCAACAAUGAGUGGUUCUUCUAUGUCUUCGACUCGAGCAUGAUGUACAUCGUCGUCAUCAUCUUUAUCAUUUUCCACCCCGGUCAUUUCCUGCCAUUCUUGGGCAUUCGGAGAAAAGCGAUGCAGUUUUCCAAGAAUGCCGACAAAGGACCAUUUGGAAAAUUGGCCAGAGGGUCUGUGGACAUGGAGGCCGCGUGA